AUGGCUAGCGAGGUUGAGAAGCCUCUGCCGGAGCACUAUCAUUACUCUACUAGAGCUGAAGUUCCGUGGGAUAUCCAGAACUAUUGGGCUCAACGAUACAAGAUAUUUUCCAAGUACGAUGAUGGUGUUUGGUUAACAGAUGAUGCAUGGUUUGGGGUAACCCCUGAACCUGUAGCAAACAAGAUAGCCCAGCAUAUGGCGCAGUCAGCUCCCGACAACAAGAGCAUUCUCAUAGAUACGUUUGCGGGAGCGGGUGGGAACACCAUCGCCUUCGCAAAAUCUAACAGAUGGAAGCGUGUGUACGCUAUUGAAAAGGACCCCGAGACCUUGAAAUGCGCAAAGCACAAUGCCGAGCUGUACGGCGUUGGCCAUAAGAUCACUUGGUUUUUAGGAGACUGUUUUGAAAUUCUCCGAAACCAGCUGAAAGACCUGGCUCCGUACAGUGUCAUCUUCGGCAGUCCUCCAUGGGGCGGGCCGGGGUACCGUUCAGACGAAGUGUUCAAUCUCUCGACCAUGGAACCGUAUUCUCUGGAGGUCCUUCACGCGGAGUUUUCCAGAUUCACUAACGACGUGGUUCCAGUGCUCCCCGGCGACAUCAUGUCCGCAUCACCCUCUAUGUCUCCUGCUCCGGAGUCAUCAAGCAGGGACGCUCGACAGACAGCAAACAUGGACGAAGCCGACGAACAAGGGUUCGAGCCCAUGCUGGAUGACCCUGACUGGGACAAGGUCAUGGAGAGCAUCCACGACCCGGAAAAAGCGAAUGGCGUAAUGGACUUCCUGAACAGAGAGCUUGAGACCGGAGAGAAGGCAGACGACGCGGUGGACUACGAGGAUUUCGACGACGAUGAGCUUCCGGAUGAAGAAGAUGCUGUUACAAACGCGCCACCAGCUGCACCUUUACCGCCGCAGGAUGAUAACCUGGGAGACCUAUUUGGCGGAGAUGAUGAAUUUCCAGAUGGUGGAGGGGAUGAGCUGGAUGAUCUGUUUGGCGAUGUACCAUCGUCUCCGGUGAACAAGGAGGCGUCAGUUGGACUUUCGCUCCCUACAAUGGACCACGCGGCAGGCGGGUUUGGUGACGCAGCCAUAAGCCACGAGACGGUUGAAGCAGACGAUGAUGCCUACGAUGAAGCUAUGGAAAGCGAUAAAGAGGCACCUCAGUCGCCUACCCUCGAUAUGGACCCUGCGACACUUCGAGACUACCAGCUCCAGCAAGCUCUUUUCGCGAUGUCCGCGUAUGGGCCAGAUAAUCCUCCAGCACCACCGGAGAAUAGUGAAGAAUUGCUGGCUUCUCUAUGGCCCAAGUUUGAUAAAGAUUGUCUUCCACGCUUCUUGGAGCUGUUACCACCGAAGAAAGCGCGUUUCGUGGGCAAGGGACCCCUCAAACCCCCGAAACGAAUUAACCCUACAAAAAUCAACAUUGAACUCGCCCCCGACCAAGAACGCGCCUUUCUAUUUUCCGGGCAUUCACAAAAACGACCCAUAGAGUCCGAUCAGUUUAUCACGGUCAUAACCCCGCCAUCUACAUCGGAGGAGACUAGUGAUGUUGAGGAGGGCGAUGACUCCGACGAAGAGCUCCCAGGUGGCAUUACUAUGGAAGAUUUACAGUUUAUCUGCGCUGAUUGGGACGUUAAAAGUGUUCAGCCUGAGGAGGAGAAGGAACCGACUCCGGAGCCGCCACGAAACGAGGAAGAUGACUGGUUAUAUGAAGUGGCCCAGCCUACAAAGAAGCGCAAACUUGGGAAAGAACCUGCAGAUUACCUCUCGUACUCUCAUAUUGAUCUACCUAGUUUAGACGACCCAGCUGAAACUACCGCGAUGCUUGCCAGGAAGAUUCGGAUAGAUAUGAACGAUCCCCAUUUGUUACUUGACGAUUCUGUGAUUGAUGGACCUGCGAAGCAAAUGAAACCUAGCAAGCUACAAAAUAUCGGAGAAAUGUCCAGUGGCUUGACAAAACGGUUAAUGCAACGAUACAAUGUUUCAAAUGAUACUGCCUACGAUAUGCUGAAAGAAAACCACCAGAACAAAGUGCGUAGCACACUGGGUAAUAUCACGCUUGAGCAUAGCAUGCCAGCAAUCCGACUACAAUGGCCAUAUUAUAAGACGAAACUUGCCAGACAAGAAGCGCGAUCUUUCCAUCGUCCGGUUUUGAAUUUUUUCCCGAAUCUCCCGAUAACAUUCAAGAAGCCAGCAUAUAUCAAACGGAAACAUCAAAAGGGAAAAGAUGCGAAAACCCUCUACGACACUACGAAAUCAUUAUCCAUGGGUGAUAAUUCAAAUGUUCUUCUAAUCGAACACUCAGAGGAAUAUCCAACGAUGUUAGCCAACUUUGGCAUGGGAAGUCGCUUGAUAAACUAUUAUCGCAAGAAGAACGCAGAGGAUCCAUCAAGACCGAAGACGGAAAUUGGAGAGACGGCAGUCUUACUCCCACAAGACAAGAGCCCAUUUUCCAGCUUUGGUCAUGUCGACCCUGGAGAGACGACGCCCGCCAUCACCACCGGCCUAUAUCGUGCCCCUGUUUUCCGUCAAGAAGCUAGAAACACCGACUUUCUAGUGAUACGGAACAGCACGGGUGUAGAAGGUGCCAGCUAUUACAUAAGAAACAUUGAUCAUUUAUAUGUAGCUGGACAGCAAUUUCCAUCUGUGGACGUUCCAGGACCUCAUUCCAGAAAAGUUACGACUGCUGCGAAGAACCGGCUGAAAAUGGUCUGCUACCGUCGUAUAAAACGGAAUGGAAACAACAGAGUUAGCGUGGCAGAGAUAACUGAGCAUUUCCCAGAAUCAACAGAUAUGCAAAAUCGACAAAAGAUGAAGGAAUUCCUCCAGUUCAACAAAGACCAUAAGGAGUGGGAAACGAAGAGCGGCGAGCCAGUACCCAAUGAGGACGUUAUGCGUAGUUACGUGAAGCCCGAAGACGUUUGCCUCCUCGAGGCUAUGCAAGUUGGACAACAGCAUCUCCAUGAUGCUGGAUACGACCGCGAAUCUGACGACGGUGAUGAUUACGAAGGCAAAGAAGGAGAGAGUUUGGAACAACAACUGGCCCCAUGGAAAACAACAAGAAGCUUCUUACUUGCCUCUCAAGGAAAGGCGAUGUUGCAACUUCACGGAGAUGGUGAUCCCACGGGCCGCGGUGAAGGGUUUAGUUUCAUCAAGACAUCCAUGAAGGGAGGCUUCAGAGCGGUUGGAGAGAGUGUCGAAGACAAACUCGAUGCCCAACGGCAGAAGGAGCUAGGUGGCCAUAGCUAUAAUGUUGCCAGACAACAAAAGUCUUAUGAAGACUCUAUCCGCCGAAUCUGGGAAGGCCAGAAGUCUAGCUUAUCGUCAACUAUUCAGCAUUCAGAUGCAGAAAGUGACGUUGACAUGGAAGAAGCUGACGAACUUUUCGGAAAACCCACACCGAGGUCGGAUCGCCCAACUCCGUCCUUCAGCCGCCGUGACGAUGAGACAACCAGUCAGUUCAGCCGAUUUAGUACCUCGAGUCAGUCGGGUAAGGUCAUGGUAAUCACUCGACAAAUACGGAAUAAUAAAGGCAAGAUCGAAAACGUAAAGGAAGUCAUUAGGGAUGCCAGAGUGAUCAAGCAAUACCAGAAACAGCGCCAUGAAGCCGAGCUUGCAAACUUAGCGCUUAUCGACCUUGAACCAACGGGAGACCCAGAAGUUGAUGCUCGAAACAUGAAGCAUCUACAAGAUGAACUACGCCGUCUUCAGCGAAACAAAGAGCGGCGUCACGCUCGAGAAAAGCAGAAGAGUCUCAUCGCGGAGGGAAAUCGCGAAAUGUCUCCGGGUACGGCAGCAGGUUCCCCUGCUCCUACGGGGCCUGGCACCUCCAAGACUGGAGGCACAUUGAGGAAAUGUGCCAAUUGUGGUCAAGUUGGCCAUAUCAAGACCAACAAAAAGCUCUGCCCACUUCUCAAUGGAACGAUGAAGCCAGACGAUGGGUCCAACAUGUCGGCAUUUACAAUGGGCGUGCCACCAAUCUAA